AUGAAGCUAGAUUUUGAUUGGGGUGGAGAGCGCAGGCUUGAAGAUGAAAUAAUACCGGAAUGCUUACAGCCACAUUCAAAUUUAGAAUCCUUAGAGAUACGGAAGUACAGAGGCAGCACCAUUUCUCCGGAUUGGAUGGUGUCCUUAACUAAUUUGAGAAGGCUUGUCUUGUAUUCCUGCCAAUAUUCUGAGGCUUUGCCUCCUCUGGGAAAACUUCCAUCCCUUGAAUCACUUGAAAUGUGUCUUAUGAAAAGUGUGAAAAAUGUGGGGCUUGAGUUUUUGGGCAUAGGAACUGAUGGUGCAGAAAUACCAUCAUUUGUUUCAUUCCCAAAAUUGAGUGAACUUGGGUUUUCUUCCUUGGGAAAGUGGAGAGUGUGGGAAGGGAGCGUAAGGUCUGCAGAAGAAGAUAUUUCUUGUAGAAUAAUGCCAUGUCUUCUUUCCUUAGAGAUUAACUCCUGCUUUUGUUUAGAAGUGCUGCCAAACUUCCUGAAAAAGACACCACUACAGAAUUUGACGAUCACUGACUCUAAGGUUCUCCAAGACCAUUGCAUUGUGGGGACUGGGAAGGAGUGGGAUAAGAUUUCCCACAUUCCAAAUAUCAAGAUUAAUUUUGAAAGCGUUCAAAGAGACGACCUCUGA